GAGCCCGCGCUCGCGGGCAGGGCGCCUCCCGGGGGUGUGGGGAGCGGGGAGAGGCGGGCGCCCGGGUCCACCCUCCCGCCCUGCAGCCCCGGGAGGUUGCCUUCUGCCUCCCAGUUGGACCCAGAAAACACAGGGCCCGCAGCAUUCCGGGUAUCAUAACCUCCAGAGGCCCGUGGUGCGCUUCCGGAGGUCGACGGUGGGCGCCCUGCUGGCAUCCGAGCUGGGCUGGAAAUUCUAUGAUGCGGAUGACUACCACCCGGAGGAAAAUCGCAGGAAGAUGGAAAUGGGGAUCCCACUGAACGACCAGGAUAGGAUCCCGUGGCUCUGCACGCUGCACGAUGUUUUACUAAGAGACAUAGCCUCAGGACAGCAGGUGGUUCUAGCCUGUUCAGCCCUAAAGAAAAUGUACAGAGACAUCCUAAUACGAGGAAAAGACGGCGCCGCUCCCACAGGUGAGGAGCCGGGGAAGGAAGAAAAGCCAACAGCAGUGCAGCUCUUGGUGGUGUAUCUGAGCGGGUCGUUUGCGGUCAUCUCUGGACGCCUGCUCCGGAGGAAGGGCCACUUUAUGCCCCCCGAGUUACUGCAGUCCCAGUUUGACACCCUGGAGCCCCCGUGUGCCCCAGAAAACUUCAUUGAGAUCAGCGUGGACGGAAGUCUUUCGGAGAUCACGGCGACGAUCCUGGACACUCUGAAAAUGACCUGAGAAUCGCGCACGCCGGUGCUCCAGAAAACAGGCAGCGUCUCCAGCCCACCCGAAACCUUGUUCCAGGCUCCUCCUCCAUGCUAUGAAUUCUUCCCAGGAGGAGCAAACCGCAGAGCGUCAGGAUAUCCUCGUGGGGUUGUGUUUAGGGAUUUGUGAUACAGUGUCACAAGAGGGAAGAAGAAAGGAAAUCAGACUCAAGUUGGAGUUAAAAACUCAUCUGCGACUCCGUCAAAGACCUGAACUCCUUACUGAGCUGAGAACGUUCUCACUCGUGCCUUUGUGGAAAUAAAUGCAACUUGUGAUUCUCUCGCCUUGAGCUGUGCUUCAGAGCAGUGGCUGUUGGGCUAAGAUCACAGAGGAGAGCAAUGGGAAAACAAGCUGCUGAACAAACAGCUCAGCGGCCUGAUACAGUAUGUUUGCCAGCAGCAGUAACCACCUCCUUGCGCUUUGGCUGAAAUUAUGUCAGCUCGGGGAUGGACGUUUAGCGUAGCUGUUAAUUCGC